AUGUUCCAUGAACAGCUCCAUAAUGGCAGCAGUCGCUUUGAAUGCCAGUUAUGCGGGCAGAAGUUUCAGAGCUCUUCCAACCUGAAAGAUCAUUAUAAUGCCCACACCGGUGAACGACCUUAUAAGUGUGAAUUAUGUGCCAAAGCUUUUACACAAUCUUCCUCUUUAUUGGCUCAUAAACGUACUCAUACAAUGGAAAAGCCAUACAAGUGUGAAGUAUGUGGAAGACUUUUUAAAGAUGCUUCUAAUUUUAUAAAACAUAGACGUCUUCAUGGUGAAGAAAAGCCCUAUGCCUGUUCAUACUGUGAUAAAGCCUUUAAGCGUACUUCUGAUUUGAAAGACCAUGAGCGUGUCCACACUGGGGAAAGACCUUACCGUUGUAGAAUAUGUCAGAAGUGUUUCACUCAGUCUUCAGUGUUAACUGGGCAUAUGCGCAUACACACUGGAGAACGGCCAUUUCACUGUAAUGUAUGUGGCAAAACCUUUAACAACUCUUCCAAUUUUAAAAAGCACCAGCGUACCCAUUCCAAUCCCAAACCAUACAUUUGUUUUGUAUGUGAUAAACGGUUUAAAAGGGCUACGGAUUUAAAGGAACAUUUGCGAGUCCACACAGGGGAACGACCUUUUUUGUGUGCCAAGUUUGUGGUAAGGGUUUCACGCAGUCAUCGGCCCUCUCCAGCCAUCAACGCAUCCACACCGGUGAAAAGCCUUUUCAGUGUGACAUAUGCUAUAAAAGGUUUAAUAAUUCUUCCAACUUUUCUAAGCAUAAGCGAGUUCACACAGGAGAACGCCCUCACAACUGUCCACUCUGCGGAAAGAGCUUUCAGGAAAAGCGACGAGUAA